AUGAACACAAGAAUUCAUCGAAUCGGCAUCGCCGGUCCGAAUUUGGACGUAGUAGGAGCUCUGCGAGUCGCUCGCCUCACCUUGGAGGCUACGGUCGGCACUAUGCAUGUGAACGCCAAUAAACCCAGAUUGUCGCGAUCGUCUGUGAUUGGACGGAAAUUGCAAUUGGAUGGACGAUGCUUUCCAAAUGAGAACUCCGAGAAUCGGGAGAUGAGUGUACGAUUGAAUUGCGGCCUUGUACACGUUGGUGUCGAUGGUUGUAUUGGCGAAUCGAAUGAAAAAGAAACGAAUAAAAUUACCAAGCGUGCGCAAUCCAUCCAAAUCACCAGCAACACGCUAACCCUAACAAUAACUCUGGAUAGAAUCGACCUGACCAUCGGAGACAGUUUACUGUCGCUGUCGGACGGGACAUUGGACAGUGCUGGACGAGGCUACGACGCCCUCAAACGAAUCCGUGGAGUCCGAACCCAAGCUGAGUGCUUGCCGAGCUCAAAUAGUCUUCACUCGGCUAUUAGCUCGCAGAAUGCCGACGCUGUUGCUGAUCUCAUUGAGAAGGGUGUCGACGUCAACGAUAAGGUGUCAGUACCGCUGAACACAUUCGUGAAUUACCCACAGCAACGCGUUGAACUUCAAGGCGGGUACUUUUUGGUGUUACAACGUCUUCAGCAGCAAUACAAAAUCAUUGUACAACAUGGGCAUGAACGGAAACCAGAAUUCGUCGUUUAUGCGUCAGCGUUGAGCCAUGAGAAGGAUAUCAAAACCCAAGUCAAAGAGAUGAACACAAGAAUUCAUCGAAUCGGCAUCGCCGGUCCGAAUUUGGACGUAGUAGGAGCUCUGCGAGUCGCUCGCCUCACCUUGGAGGCUACGGUCGGCACUAUGCAUGUGAACGCCAAGAUUGUCGCCGAUCGUUUGUCUUUACAUGCGCAAAGCAUUGUCGUUGCUACCGAAGCACUUAUCAGCACAGAUAGAUUUACA